CAAUUUUGUUGUCAUUGACUCUGUGCAAGCAGAAGACUCAAGACCUGCUUAGUUGUAUGAAUAACGAGCUAUGUAUUCUGUACCUCUGCAUGUGGCACUAAAUGAUGGUAACUUCAUCCCUGUACUGGGGUUUGGAACCACUGUGCCUGAGAAGGUUCCGAAAGAUGAAGUUAUCAAGGCUACUAAAAUAGCUAUAGAUGCUGGGUUCCGCCAUUUUGAUUCGGCUUACUUGUACGAAAUCGAAGAAGAAGUAGGACAGGCCAUUAGAAGCAAGAUUACAGAUGGCACUGUGAAGAGAGAAGAUAUAUUCUAUACUUCAAAGCUUUGGAGCACUUUCCAUCGACCCGAAUUGGUCCGAACUUGCUUGGAAAUGACACUGAAGAAAACACAACUGGACUAUGUUGAUCUUUAUAUUAUUCAUUUCCCAAUGUCUUUGCAGCCUGGAGACAAAUUCUUUCCACAAGACAAGCACGGGAAAGUGUUGGCUGAUACAGUGGAUCUCUGUGACACAUGGGAGGCCAUGGAGAAAUGUAAAGAUGCAGGAUUGGCCAAGUCCAUUGGGGUGUCCAACUUUAACCGCAGGCAGCUGGAGAUGAUCCUAAACAAGUCAGGGCUCAAGUACAAACCUGUGUGCAACCAAGUCGAAUGCCAUCUUUAUCUCAACCAGAGCAAAAUGCUGGACUAUUGUAAGUCAAAAGACAUCACUCUUGUUGCCUACUGUACAUUAGGAAGUUCACGAGACAAACGAUGGGUGGACCAGAACAGUCCAGUUCUCUUAGAAGAUCCAGUUCUUUGUGCCAUGGCCAAAAAGUACAAGAAAACACCAGCGCUGAUUGCCCUUCGUUACCUUUUGCAGCGUGGGAUUGUGGUUCUGGCCAGGAGUUUCAAUGAGAAGCGGAUCAAAGAGAACAUGCAGGUUUUUGAAUUCCAGUUGGCUUCAGAGGACAUGAAAGUCCUAGAUGGCUUAAACAGAAAUUUAAGAUACAAUACUGCAUUUUUCUUUGGUGAACAUCCCACCCAGCCAUUUACUGAUGAAUAUUAGCGUGGAGGCCUUUGUCAGAAUUCCUACAAGAUCUGUGUGUGCAUCAUGCUAUGAGAGAUAUCUUCGUUAAUGUUGAUUGAACACACCCCUUCUCAUCAGAACACCUUGGCUGUCAAUUCAAAAUCAGCUGGAGCUAAGUGCCCAGAGCCAUGAGGGAAGUCAUAUUUUUGUCACAGUCUGAAAUAGAACAUCAAAUUGUUUUUCCUGAAGAGGCUUGUGUUUUUAAACAUUCGUUCAUUUUUAUUUUACAUAUCUGAGUGUUCUCCUUGCAUGUAUGUGUACCUUAUGAACGCCUGUGUCCAUGCAAGGAAGAAGAGGGUGACAGGUCACCUGGGACUGGAAUUACAAUAGUUGUAAAUCACAGUGUGGAUGCUGGAAGUCAAACCUGAGUCUUCUGUAAAAGCAGUAAGUGCCUUUAAACACUAAGCCAUUUCACUAGGUCCUACCCUAAAUGUUCUUGCCUGCUACUAUUUCUGUGAUUUCAAUGUUUUGUUUCCUUCUGACACUAACUUGACUUGCCCAGAAGUCUUGGGCAGGAAGUGGUGAUGAGGACAGUCUUUUAAUAGAUAAUUUCUUUAUUUUUGGUGGGAGUUGGAAGAAUUUUCAACAUUUAGGAAAUUAACAAUUACAGGUUAUUGAUAGGUCAAUAUUCCUCAGCUCUUUUGAGGAAGAAGGAAAUGCUCUACAGUUAUUCCAUUACUCUUAGUUUGGAGUUAUAGCACAUGUGUCAGGGGUGACCAAGAAACCCAGGGUUCUCUCCAACAUACCAAAGAAAAAAACUCCAAGAGCCUGGAGAGUAAUAUCUCCUUGUGAGAAGGUUGGGAGGUUGGUAAAAAGAGAACUAAUUUAAAAGAAUCAUUAUAAAACACAUGUGGAGAGAUAGAGAAGAAACCUGAGCAUGUCUCUGCUUGGGAAAUAUAAAUAUAUAUUUGGUAAUUACGUGUUACAGGUAAAAGGAAACACUACAUAGAUUUUUUUUUGAGACAGUUUCUCGUUAUAUAGCUCUGACUGUCAUGACACUUGCUAUGUAGACCAGGUGGUCCUGGAACUCAUAUAUCAACCUACUCCACCUCCAAAGUGCUGGGAUUAAAGCAUUAUACGUAUAUCUGUAUUAUUCUACAAUACCUAUAUAUUUAAAGACUCUUACAGAAAAGAGAAAAUUAUCAAAUGCAAUAAAAUUACUAGCUACUUAUUAAUAAUUCUUACAAAAUAUGAAUCAGUAACACAAUAAAAUUCUAGUAAAUCUAUUGAAAUGUGCUGAUACAAUAAAACUGUCAUGUUCUUAUUAAUAAAUGGAAUAAAAAAUGUGAAUAUUAUAAUGGCGAAUGUGAAAUUUCUUGAAAUGUACAGGUAAAAACUAGCUAUUUAUAUCAUAAUCACAGACUCAAUGUCAAUGUGGUCAAUGAAACAGUUCUAAAACAACCAAAGGUUCCAAUGUAAUAUCAAACACACACUUAAACUUAUUCUUUUGUAGAUGUUGAUAAGGUGGUUGAUUAAAAAAUUUACAUGAUAAAUUGCUAAAUCAAAAUAAAAUUUUCUUUAAAUAAAAAAGGA